AUGUCAACCACUAUUGGAUUAGUUUCAAACCCAUUAGGAAUUAUUGUAGGCUUUGCGUUGCCAGGGAUCUUUGUGCUGAAUGAAUCUAAAACUGAAAUCGGAAAUUUAAUGCUGAUAGAAGCCAUUUUAUCAACAAUUUCUUUUAUUUUAGUAGUUUUCUGUUUUAGAGCGAAGCCAAAAACUCCGCCCAGCAGUUCUGCAGAGGUUGAAAGAGUCGACUUUAGGCAGUCCUUGCCAAUUUUGCUAACUCCCACUUGAAUAUAUUUGGAAAAUAAUUCCCACACUGGUGUGCAUAUCAAAUGUAUUUAAUAUAGAAUUUGAUAUAUUAAAAACAAUAAAUUAUUAAUGACGUCUCACAAAUUUCAGACAAUUUUAUUAUAAAAUAUCUAUUUUUUAAAUUAUACUAUACAAAACUAUACACAAGGAAAGCAUUAUUAUGGAUUAAUACAACCAUUAUCGUAUUUCUUCUACAAAAUAAGCCAUUUUGAAGAAUGAAAAUAGGAUUCAAAUACUUAUGAAUUGAAAUUUCCUAUAAUAAUUUAUAAAUAAUUAUCAAUCCAUAAGGACAUAAAGAUUUUUUCUUCAGAGAGGGUAGAGUAAAAAAUAAAAAUUAUUUAUUACUGCUUAUUUAUUUUUCAGCAGGUAUUGGGACACAAAACACUUUAGCUACAAUUAUUGAGCUUAUUGGAAAACCUUAUGGGUUUUCUUCAGCAGCUGUAAGUUUAUUUGCAGCACUAAGUAUAACAUUUGGUUUAAUUGGUGAUGCAAUUGCUUCCAAAAUUGUUACAAAGAUGUUAAAAUUUAAGCUUUUUUGCUUAAUAAUAGGCUGUUUGUCAAUUAUAGCUUUUGGAAUAUUCACUUUGACACUUCCGAUUGGCUCUAUCGCAAUUACUGCAAUUUCUAUCUGUCUAGUGGGAUUUUUAUUAAUGCCAAUGCUUCCUAUUUCUUAUGAGCUUGGAUGUGAGCUCACAUUUCCGAUUGGGGAAGCUAUGGCUGGAGGCUUAUUGAAUUGUGGAGGCACAAUUUUCGGGAUUUUGGAAGUUGGAAUCGCCUAUUUAUUAAAUAAUCAACCAAUUGCAUCCUGCAUUAUUUGCAUUAUUGGACUUUUGAUAGGAACAGUUAGCAUAUUUUUAGUAAAAGAAGAUUUGAAGAGGAUCAGACAAGAAAAGCAGCCUCUAAACGAUUAUAAUCACUUUGAAAAAGAAUUAAAUAAGGAUUAA